CCUCCCAUUCCCAAAUGCGAUUGACUUUGAAGAGCAAGGAAGAACGGCUGCCGUCACCGCCGGCUGCCCCUUCCGCCGUCACUCACCGCGCCGUCUGCCGUCACCGCCGCUCGCUGCCUCUCGCCACCGGCUUCGGAGAAGAAAGCCGAAGCCUCUCGUCCUCUCCGCCAUCUCUCACCGCGACGGCUGCCCUCCCCGUCGUCUCUGACCUCGCCGGCUGCCCUCAUCGCUGCUCGCUGCCUCUCUCAUCGCCGGCUUCGGAAAAGAAAACCGAAGCCUCUCGCCGCCCUCUCCGCCGUCUCUCACCGCACAGCACAGCCCUCUUCACCGCACGGCCUCAUCUCAGUGGUUAUUUUUUGCAUACUAUUAUUUGUUGUUGAGUAUUGUUUAUCUUUAUGUCGAUAUGCAUACUGUGACUGGUGGAAGAUAGGUGUAUUUUUGUUGUUGAGUUUUUGUCUAUUGUUUGAUUGUUUCCUUUGGUUGAUUUAUGUAUAUUUGUUGAUUAUAUGUUGAUAUUUUUAUUACACAUCAAUUUAUUAGGUUUUUUUAAACAAAAAAAUUCGAUAAAUUUCAGCUGAGCCCGAGUCCGAUUUGAGUCCACAUUUUAGGCUCGACUCGAGCUCGAGCCAGUGCUAAAUGUUAUCGAGCCAAGCUGAGCUUAGGGAAGCUCGGUUCGGCUUGGCUCGUUUGCAACCCUACCUAUUCAUAAAAGAUAAAAAUACAAUCAUAUUGUUUUAUUGGACUUUUUCCCAUGGAGUUAGCUAAAUUGUGCCCUUGUGGUUUUUGGAUUUUUUAUAUGGGUUUUAGCGAAACCGAAAGAGCAAGCAGAGAGCCAAACAUGGGGAAGAGAGGAUCGAACAAGAAAGCUACCAAUCCACCUGCUUUUGCUUCACUCACACUAAGAGAAGAAUCUAGGGGGAAGAGGCAAACCAGCGUUAAUCCCAAGUUGAUGUUGAAACUCGAGCAUGUUCAGAACCUUGCUGUCUGGGCCGCCAGCAAAGCUUCAAUCCCUUCGUUGGCUGCCCUUUUUGGCCAUCAGCUGGCCACUCUUCGUGAAGCCACCGGAUCAGCCCCUGAUCCAUCACUCUUCUCUUGCCGGAGAUGUGGGUCUAUUCUUCAGCCUGGUUAUAAUUGCACGGUUCGAAUUGAAAAGAAUACAAGCAAGGCCAGACACAGGCGUAAAAGACCAAUUGUUCCCACCCAGAAUAAUGUUGUUAACAGAUGCCAUUUCUGCUCAUAUCCAAACAUGCUGAGAGGCACUCCUCGACGCCAUAUGAAAGAGAUAUGUCCUCCUAAACCAAAGGCAAAACCAUCCUUGAAACAGGAACCUCCACGGUCUGCUGUUCUGAAACCUGUCAAUUCAGAGGGUGUUGGAAUGGGCAAUCUUGAGAUUGAAAAGAUGGAUGAUAUUGCUUCUCCAGCAAUGACCAAUGAUGAUCAUAUUAUGAUUAGUUCGACAACCCCGCUGAUCAAAAUGCAUGCAACUCUUUUAGAUUCGAAGAGAAGAAAGAGAAAUAGAUCAGGCUCCAAGAAAGUUGCUGAAUCUGAAUCUAAUCCUGAUAUGGCAGAUGCAGAACAAUCUGUUAGCACAUCCAGUAAGCGGAAAAGAAAAUCCUGGACCAGCCUGAAGGAAAUUGCUGAGGAUAACGGGCGUGAUAGUAGCAGAAACCUUGCACAUUUAAGAGUCCCAUUUUUCUUGUAGGAAUAGACAGCAGGGCUUAUGACCAAACUGUGGUAGCUGAUGAUAAGGAGUAAACUGUGGUCUUGUUCUACAAUAUGAAACUGUUGGGCACGGGCAUAGAGGGGUCAAAGAGUGGCUGAGACUUCCUGUUGUAUACAGUCAAGCUAGCCCUCAUCUGUUUCAUUGUUACUAAUUUUGUUGAAUUCUUUUUAUUCAUUGUAGGGGUGACCUAAGAGAAUAGGGCUGUAAAUGAGUCAAACUCUUCAUUGAUUGGUGUUCGGCUUGACAAAAACUCGUUCGAAUUCGUUUGUUAAAGAAAAUGAGCCGAGUUUGAACUAAGUUUUGAAGCUCGAUUUGUAAACAAGUCGAGUUUGAGCUUUAUAAAGUUUUGCUUGUUAAAAUUUGC